AGAAACGGCCUUAACCUCACUUCCUUGCAGUCAAAUUUAACAACAAUGUCACUAAUCUAAUUUUAUCGCGAUUUUUCCAAAUAAUGCCCAAAACAUUAUCAACCGCACAUCAAUUUUCAUUAAGAAGACGUUCGUUUACGCAACUAGAACAUAAAUAACAGGCCACCAUGGUAGUGGGCUGCAAAAGUCGGCAGUUAUUCGAGUCGGGAAAACACUUGACAUUUUCCAAGAGGUUUUCCCUGAGACCGUCCACUAGUACGCUGCGGUUCAAUAAUUAUUCGACUGUGGGCUUGAAUUCUCUAUCUGGUAAAAAUAGAGGGGCUGCAGUGAGAUGGUGCGACUGCAAACACUUACAUUAUUCGAAGGAAACGUCCAGAUCUGCAUUGACCAAACUGUCCCCACAGGAGGUAGACAGUAUCCUGCGAGCCAAUGAGUACACGCACGAGUUCAAAGAGGGCUCAGUAAAGUCGUACGACUCGAAUCAGCUGCCGUCCAACAAUCCCAUUGAAGACACUCGAUCUGAAGCCUCCUGCCUCCUAACUACAGGUCUCUUGGUCGGCGUGUUCGAUGGGCACGGAGGCGGAGCCUGCGCCCAAGUAAUCGCCAAGCGCCUAUUCAACUACAUAACCGCAUGUCUUCUACCUCAUGAGAACCUCUUGCAAUACGUGCACUCCAUUGCCCAGCCAGAGCAUCCGGAUCUGCUGCAGAGCUACAACGAUAAAGUGCAGUUCGUCGAAGACGUCCGAGACAUCUACAAGGAGAGUUUCGUGCAGUUUGUCAAGGAACUAGCCGAGGAAGAGUGCAAGCAGAACUUUGAAAUGAGCCGCGCAAUUGAGCGGGCCUUUUUGCGGCUCGACGAGGAUUUGAGCAAGGAAGCGAUGCCCAAAGACGGCAAAGUCAACAUGAAGACUCUUUCGGUGGCAAUGAGCGGAGCUGUUAGUUGUGUAGCGCACAUUGACGGCCCUCAUCUUCACGUGGCCGGCGUUGGAGAUUGUUGUGCAGUUUUAGGAUCGCUGUCGGAAACGAACUCAUGGAUAGCGAAAAAGCUUACUGAAGAGCACAACACGUACAAUCAGAUGGAGUUGGACAGGAUCUACUCUGAGCAUCCUGCCCAAGAAAAGCAGACUGUGAUCAAAAUGGAUAGGCUGUUGGGGCAAUUGGCCCCGCUAAGGGCGAUGGGUGAUUUUAGGUUUAAAUGGAGCAAGGAAAUCAUGACCAAUCUAGUCGCGAAAAACUUCGGAACCCAAAUGAUCCCGCUCAACUACCACUCGCCGCCUUAUUUAACCGCCAGGCCAGAUGUGACCUAUCACAAGCUCACUCCUAGGGAUAAGUUCCUCAUUAUUGCCUCGGACGGUUUAUGGGAUUGCCUCACUCCUUUGCAGGCAAUCAGACUAGUGGGGGAACACAUGAAAGGCAAAGUCACACUGCACCCACUAAAAUUGCCCAGGAAAAACAUGAAAAUUGCGGAAAUCAACGACAUGCUGCUUCAGCGCAAGGAAGGGUUGAAGAUCAAGCCGAAAGACUCAAACGCUGCUACGCAUAUCAUCCGGAACGCCCUGGGUGGCACUGAGUAUGGGAUUGAUCACUCGAAGAUUUCCCAGCUGCUCACCUUGCCGGACGAUGUUGUGAGGGUAUUUAGGGACGAUAUAACGGUAACGAUCGUGUACUUUGAUACGGAAUUUUUGCGGCAUUGUCCUGCAUAGUGAUCGGGUUUGAGUGGCCACUUUGGUUCCUUUGAAGGUCCAAGCGACCAGCGUCAAGUUUCGAUGUACUUAUUGAAUCGCCAAAAUGAAUGGCGUUGCUUUAAAGGGCGUGUUUAUUAAUUUCCUGCAACACCUUGAGUGUUUCUGCCACUUGGGUCUAGUUGGUUCCGCAAGGCCUUCAGUAUCAUGCUUCCUAUGUACACUAUGGGACAAAGCAAGAAAACGUAUUGUUCAUGUUUGAGUUAAAAAAACUUCUGAGUUGUGAUUUUUAGAGAAGUGUAAUAAAAUGCUGUCCUUACCCUGUA